CUCCCCCCUGUGAACCUCCCUCCCCUUUUUUUCCGCCUUCUUCCAGCAGUAGCUGCAGCCGCAGCACCUGAACCGCUGCUGUCGCUCGCUCAGAACAACACUAUGGCUGAGCCUGGGCACAGCCUCCAUCCCUCUGCCAGGGGCAGGGGAAGAACCGAGCCGCGCACACUCCGGCUUCUGCGGCUGCUGCUCUGGGUUGGGACCACCUUCCAGGUGACUCAGGGAGCGGGACCGGAGCUUCACGCCUGCAAAGAGUCUGAGUACCACUACGAGUACACUGCGUGUGACAGCUUGGGUUCCAGGUGGAGGGUCGCCGUGCCGCAUACCCCGGGCCUGUGCACCAGCCUCCCUGACCCCGUCAAGGGCACCGAGUGCUCCUUCUCUUGCAAAGCCGGGGAGUUUCUGGACAUGAAGGACCAGUCGUGUAAGCCGUGUGCUGAGGGCCGCUACUCCCUUGGCACAGGCAUCCGUUUUGACGAGUGGGACGGGCUGCCCCAUGGCUUUGCCAGCCUCUCAACCAACACGGAGAUCGAGGACAGCACCACAGAUUCCACUGAGAACUGCACUUCGUCCAAGUGGGUUCCUCUGGGUGACUAUAUCUCCUCCAACACGGAUGAGUGCACGGCCACGCUGAUGUACGCCGUGAACCUGAAGCAGUCUGGCACUGUUAACUUUGAAUACUACUACCCAGACUCCAGCAUCAUCUUCGAGUUUUUUGUUCAGAAUGACCAGUGCCAGCCCAAUGCAGAUGACUCGAGGUGGAUGAAAACCACAGAGAAAGGAUGGGAAUUGCACAGUGUCGAACUAAAUCGAGGCAAUAACGUCCUCUACUGGAGAACCACAGCUUUCUCAGUGUGGUCCAAAGUUUCUAAGCCUGUGCUGGUGAGAAACAUCGCCAUAACAGGAGUGGCCUACACUUCAGAAUGCUUCCCCUGUAAACCAGGCACAUACGCAGACCAGAAGGGUUCCUCCUGCUGCAAACUUUGCCCAGCUAACUCUUAUUCCAAUAAGGGAGAGACUUCUUGCCACCAGUGUGACCCUGACAAAUAUUCAGAAAAAGGAUCCUCCACCUGCAGAGUGCGGCCAGCCUGCACAGACAAAGAUUACUUCUACACUCACACGGCCUGUGAUGCCAGUGGAGAGACACAGCUCAUGUACAAAUGGGCCCAGCCGAAAAUCUGCAGUGAGGACCUGGAGGGGGCAGUGAAGCUGCCCGCCUCUGGCGUGAAGACCCGCUGCCCACCCUGCAACCCUGGUUUCUUCAAGACCAACAGCAGCACCUGCGAGCCCUGCCCUUAUGGCUCUUAUUCCAAUGGCUCCGAUUGUAGCCACUGCCCAGCGGGGACCGAACCUGCCGUGGGAUUCGAAUACAAAUGGUGGAACACGCUGCCCACGAACAUGGAAACGACCGUCCUCAGUGGGAUCAACUUUGAGUACAAGGGCAUGACAGGCUGGGAGGUGGCUGGUGAUCACAUUUAUACAGCUGUUGGAGCCUCAGACAAUGACUUCAUGAUCCUCACUCUGGUUGUGCCAGGAUUUAGACCUCCACAGUCAGUGAUGGCAGACACAGAGAAUAAAGAGGUGGCCAGGAUCACGUUUGUCUUUGAGACCAUCUGUUCUGUGAACUGCGAGCUCUACUUCAUGGUGGGUAUGAAUUCUAGGACCAACAGUCCCGUGGAGACGUGGAGAGGUUCCAAAGGCAAACAGUCCUAUACCUACAUCAUUGAGGAGAACGCUACCAUGAGCUUCACCUGGGCCUUCCAGAGAACCUCUUUUCAUGAGACAGGAAGAAAGUAUACCAGUGAUGUCGCCAAGAUCUACUCCAUCAAUGUCACCAAUGUCAUGGAUGGCGUGGCUUCCUACUGCCGUCCUUGUGCCCUGGAAGCCUCUGACAUAGGCUCCUCCUGCACCUCUUGUCCUGCUGGCUACUAUAUUGAUCAGGAUUCAGGAACCUGCCGCUCCUGCCCCCCUAACACAAUCCUGAAAGCCCACCAGCCUUAUGGCGCCCAGGCCUGCGUGACCUGCGGUCCAGGAACCAAGAGCAACAAGAUCCACUCCCUGUGCUACAAUGACUGUACCUUCUCAGUCAGCACUCCGACCAGGACUUUUGACUACAACUUCUUGGCUUUGGAAAACACCGUCUCUCUGGCUGGAGGGCCAAGCUUCACUUCCAAAGGGCUGAAAUAUUUCCACCACUUUACCUUCAGUCUCUGCGGAAACCAGGGUAAGAAAAUGUCCGUGUGCACCGACAAUGUCACUGACCUCCGGAUUCCUGAGGGUGAGUCAGGUUUCUCCAAAUCCAUCACAGCCUACGUGUGCCAGGCGGUCAUCAUUCCCCCGGAGGUGACAGGCUACAAGGCCGGAGUGUCCUCGCAGCCUGUUAGCCUCGCAGAUCGGCUUAUCGGGGUGACAACAGAUAUGACUCUGGACGGAAUCACCUCCCCAGCUGAACUUUUCCACCCGGAGCCCUUGGGAAUACCGGACGUGAUCUUCUUUUAUAGGUCCAAUGAUGUGACCCAGUCCUGCAGUUCUGGGAGAUCAACCACCAUCCGCGUCAGAUGCAGUCUGCUGAAACCUGCUCCUGGAAGUCUGUUGCUGCCAAGCACAUGCUCUGAUGGGACCUGUGAUGGCUGUAACUUCCACUUCCUGUGGGAGAGCGUGGCCGCUUGCCCACUCUGCUCAGCUGCUGACUACCACGCUAUCGUCAGCAGCUGCGUGGCCGGGAUCCAGAAGACUACUUAUGUGUGGCGAGAACCAAAGCUCUGCUCACGUGGCAUCUCCCUGCCUGAGCAGAGAGUCACCAUCUGCAAAACGAUAGACUUCUGGCUGAAAGUGGGCAUCUCUGCAGGCACCUGCACUGCUAUCCUGCUCACCGUCUUGACCUGUUACUUUUGGAAAAAGAAUCAAAAGCUAGAGUACAAAUACUCCAAGCUGGUGAUGAAUGCUACCCUCAAGGACUGUGACCUGCCAGCAGCCGACAGCUGUGCCAUCAUGGAAGGCGAGGAUGUGGAGGAUGACCUCAUCUUCACCAGCAAGAAGUCACUCUUUGGGAAGAUCAGAUCAUUCACCUCCAAGAGGACUCCUGAUGGAUUUGACUCGGUGCCACUGAAGACAUCCUCAGGAAGCCCAGACAUGGACCUGUGAGGGGCACUGCCCUCCCUCACCUGCCUCCUCACCUGGGCACAUCACCUUGCAAGCCUGUGGCAAUGUGGGUGCCAGUUUCCUGCAACACCCACUGCUGGAAAUCUCUUCGUUGUGGCCUUAUCAGAAGAAGUUUGAAUUUCAGAUCUUUGUUUUUUUAUAGAGUACCCAAACCCUCCUUUCUGCUUGCCUCAAACUUGCCAAAUAUACCCACACUUUGUUUAUAUAUUACUCCCUCGCUUGCAUCUUGUUUCCCCAAAUGGACCAGCCAUUGGAGCCAUAGCUUCAUCUGCUCAUAUUUCUUAUAGCUCUGGAACAAAAGUAUUUCUCUCUUUUUAAGUAUAGAAACUCCCUCCCCUGUCCUCUUACUUAAGGGCACAAGCAGCUGGGAGUCUCCCUGAUCAUAUGCCCUCAGCUCACGAUCUCUUUAGGAGAGAGGCUGGGUGAGGAGGGUACUGGCAUCCCCUGAUGAACCAUCUUCACGGUUGCCUGGAUUCAUCUCUCCUGGAUAACCAACUCAAACUGGUAUAGUGGGUAGGCUGAGGGCCAGAUGAGUAAGCCCUGGGUAAGAAAGGGCUUGAUAAGCACAAAGAGGCAAUAAAGGAAGGUUUUAUUUUGUUUUUUAAACUGGGUACUUCAUUCCCUUUCCUUGAGUAAGCUAUAACUAUUCUCACUGGAGCCAAAGGAAAAUGUUCAUUGAGAAAAUGGGGAAAGCCCUGAUGGAUCUAUUCUCCCCGCAACCCACUGCAUUUUGUUUUGUUUUGUUGGUUUUUUUUUACCUCCCACCAUCUCCCUAUGACACUAAAGGGAACCAGGUAAGCCCCAAUCCCAGAUGUUCUAGCUUUAUUCUCUAUUUGCUUCUACCCAGAAAUGACAAACAUUGCCAGUGAGGAAAAUUCCUCAUCCUUGAGUGCCCCAUUCCUAGAGGCUUGGGCCAUAUUGGGGAACAGGUGUGUCGUAUUUUGAAAGAACACAAGGAAGUCAAGAUUUUUAAUGGGGCCCUACUAGAGAGUCAGCCCACAAUGGGAUGGACCUGAGGUGGCCAUGAUGUCUGCUUCUAAACUUAAUUCAUCUGCUCAGCCACAGAAUAGACAACCUCAAGGCUGGCCAAGAAAGGCAUGGACUUGUAGCCCGUGCCCCAGCAGUGAGUGGAUCCAGAUCAGUCUUCAAGGAGGAAACACUAGGGGAGUUGGACAAGGUGUUCACCAAACUGGGAACCCUUGCACUUUCAUGCCCCUGUCCUUCCCUUCCUCCUGUUCUCAUUUCCUUUGUGUGCUGGAAAACUAAAAAGACUUCCGGCCCCACCUUCUGGCAGCAUCUGUUUUGAAAGGUGAGUAAAGUGAAUGUUCUCUGUGCCCCUUUUCUCCACUUUCACAACAAGUAUAACUGAUGAACUUUAAGUAACUAGAAAUGGUAAAACCGGAGCAAGAGUUUAAAUUCUCUUUUUCUUUCUACUAAUGGCUAUUCUCCUUCCCUCACUGGCAGGCUAGAAUGACCAUCCUUGUUCAAGGGCCCUGUUGCCCAUGGUUUGUGCCUGUCUCCUUUCUCAAGUGACCAUUUGGUGACCAGAUGGUAGGUAAAGAAUGGAGACGGCACUUGUAAGUGGUUUGUCUGCCACAUGAUGGUGUGCUGAUGUGAUUGGCCACUGCUGCCUUGGCAAUGGUCUUAUAAAAGGGUCAGUGAGAAUUGGAACCCUGCUGUAACUUCUGGCCAACAACCGCAUCACUGAAGACAGGCAGUCCCUUUGGUUCAAUAAAUCUAGAAGCUUUUCUUUGGUAUCUAAAUUCUCCCUCCUCCUGUGGGACUCAGGCUCUCAGAACCUGUGGCCAUGCUGGAAUUUCUCCCAGUGGAUGCAGAUAGCCAGCUUCCAAGCUCCAGCCUGAAGUUUUCUGUAGCCUCAGCAAUACCCCGGGCAACUGCCUUUCCACCAAAUAAAUUUCUUUUGUGACAAAGGCCAUGGAAGAUUCUUAGACUAUUCUAGAAUCACUCAGAAAAAGUACAUACCCCACUGACUUCUUUAUUCUGACAUCAUGAAUCUGAGUGCCCCUAGAGCAAACUCAAACUCUAUUGACUUAAUCAUAAUAUUUUAAGGAUCUCCUUUCUACACCCUUUAGUGUACCGACUUCUGCAGAUCUUCCCUGCAUCCUGCCAGGAACUCCUGAGUUAUGCUAUCGGGGUCACCUGUUGCUCCCCUAGCAACUUAGACACAUGUUAGAUAUUUUUUAAUAGCUCUAUUGAAGUGUAAUUCAAAUACCAUACAAGUCACUCAUUUAAAAUGUACAAUUCAAUAAAUUUUAGUAUACUCACAGAAUUGUACACCCAUUACUACAAUCAAAUUUAGAAUAGACACGUUAUUUUAUAUGGGAAAAGCUUUUAGCAAACUAAGGCUAUAGCAUUUUGCACAAGCUAUUGGAGGAGGGAGUGUGGGCUCAGGAGACAAAAUACUUAAAUCCCAUUAGGUUACUUAGAGUCCGAGAACACACAUGUAACUCUCAUCAUGUAGGUGUCACCUGUAUUGGGCUGGGAGUACAAAUGAAGAUUGUGGUGUAUUCAAGGAGAGGGAUUUCUUAUGCCAACAAAACUUUUUUUUUGGUCUCACUCUACAUUAAAGAUAAGACUGACUAUAUUUAUACAACAGAGACUUUGUAAUGGAUUUUUCAGCUUUGUGAAAUCAAGUUUUUGUCUCAUCAAGACUGGUUGGAUUUCCUUUUUACUCUGUAUUCCAAGAGUUCGCAGAUUGUUAGGGGAUGGGUAUCGCAUGUCACACUUUUUUGUGAAAUAAAAGCAUAUCUUUCAGCUGUUUUUCUUGAACAUAGGUUGGAUGGCUGGAUGGGUGAGUGAGAAGUGGUAAAUGCCCUUGAAGCUUAAACUGAAGAGAAGGAUUCUGGAACCCCAGAGUGACAGAGAAAAGAGCAUACUUGGGAGCAAUAGGGACCUAUGCUAGAAGCCUCUCACCACCUGGCGAAGAAUCAGCCAUCAAUCAAAGCCUCAGUUUCCACAAUAAUAAAACACACCUGAUGAUGCCUUACCUCCCAAGAUUGGGUGAGGAUCGAAAAGGAGAACACAUAAAACACUUGGAACGUCAGUUCCAUUCCGUUCCAGUUCAGUUUUCCCUUGGGUGGCACUGAGGCCAGCCAUAUAACAAUGUGCCUACAAAGACAGGUAAAAUUAGCUUAUUUGGGUAUGACAUGGAUUAUUAUGGACUAGAUGUGGAUAAAACCCUAGAGGACAUCAAGGACACACCAUUUCCCAGAGCAGCUGGAUUUUUCCACUUCCGUGCUUUCCUUCACUCUAGUUGAGGGCACUUAAUCCCCUAAAACGAAUUCCCUCAGCUGAUUAGUUGUGACCCAACUUUGUUUUGACUGGGUGGUACCUGGGUUGUACUGGUGGUUAAAUAUUUUAAAUAUCACCCCUGCUUAUAGGAUCAAAUCUAAACUCUUAAGAAGGAAAGUAGGAAGCUCACGUUACUUUGGCAUUUCUAUGUGUCAAGCCUGGACUAAGUUCUUUCAUAACAUUGCUCACCUGGUUCUCAGAACAGGCCAAGAGGCAGGUACUAGCCCCACUAUAAUGAGGAAACUGCAUCUCCAACAGAUUUAGUAAUAUGGCAUACACACUAACCCUAACUGCACAUCCUUAUACUCUAACCACACUGAAGUUUUUACUGUCCCUCAGUCAUAAGCUCUGUCAUUCUAUUAUGUUAAUUUGUUAUACUUACCAGGUAGCAUGAGCGUUUUAAAGGAAGAUGUCUGUAAUCUAACGAUAAAACUAAUGGUGAAAAUUCCUAAGGAAAUUUGGAAAGGUCAGAAUUUUAAGGCCAUCCUUCCAAUUACACUGAUGACCUCCUUAAAGUAUUAGCUCAGUGGCCCUCCUCCCCUAGGCCUGGGCUCCCUGCAGCCUCAGGAACACCCAUCACUGUUUUGAAACUUAGCAAGCAAUACGCUUUGGCACUGCCUUCAUUGACUGAAGCAGACAGCUCCCACCACAGACUUGCCCUCAGAAGAUUUCAGGGAAGCCAACCCUUUGAGGACAGUCUUCUUACAUGCUUUCUUCAGAGCCUGUAGCUCCCAACACUUCCUUUCCACUGGUUUUAUCUUUUUUUUUUUUUUUUUUGGCUGUGCUGUGCCGCAUGAGGAAUCUUAGUUCCCCCCACUAGGGAUUGAACCCGCACCCCCUGCACUGGGAGCACGGAGUCUUGACCACUGGACCGCCAGGGAAGUCCCCCUUUCCACUGGUUUUAAACCUAACAUUCUCGGUAAGAGGAACCUAGGGGGUCCAAACCCAGACAAAUGCCUUUCCUAAGCCUCCCUAUGGGUCUCUACUAGUCAGCUCCAGUACUGUCAUUAGCCCUGUCCUACACCUCAGAAUUGGCUUGGCAGAACCUUGUUGGGGAGUAGGAUAGCAAUGCCAUAUCCUCAUGACAGGUGCACAAGCAAGUGGCAGAAGACCAAGGUCUUAGCACAGUUAGCUUUGGGGCAUGGUGGGUGGGUCUCUAAACUCUUGGUAAAGUGGAAGGAUGGGGAACAGUAUGCCGAUUCCCAAAUCCUUCAAAUAAGCUCUUGUUAUCAGGGAGAUUCUUGGAUAACUUUGGCUCCAGUCAUCAACCAGAAUAUUUCCCUGUAAAGGCCUGAACAUUAUAAAAUUAAAAUAUGAUGAAAUUUUUGUUCUAGGAAUUUUCAAAUAGAUACAAGACAUGACCUCAAUAUCUUAAACUGCCUUCAAAUCUCCUAAAUAUUUUCCCUUUGGAAAAGUCUACUCAAGUGUCUCUCUAAAAGAUUCUCCAACCCUGUGAUCUUAAGGGUUGAUAAAGGGACAAUUUGGUUCACCCAAUAAUCAGAUUAAGAAAGGUAUCCUAACUCUGAGGCAGGAGAGCAGGUAUUUUGAACUGAGGUAAUCUGGGGACUAAAACAUGUAGCCACACUCUUGUCUCAAGACGGAGAAGAGAGCAGAGGUUCAGAGAGAGGGUCCAGUCUUAGGACCCAAGCUUGUAAGGUGGAAACUGGCAUCUAUGGGAGGUACCAGCUUCCAAGCCAGUGAUUAUACUGACAGGCCUUGUCUUAGAUAUGCCCUUUAACAUGAGACAGAAACAGGCACUCAUUUUUCUUCUAUGGGGCAAUUAGAGCCCCUGGAGAAGCGGGCACAGCUGGGGAAAACGCACACGAGGAGGCAAAACCCGCCAGUGGGGCUGACU